AUGAUGAGUGCACAAUGUAAUAAGGUAUCUAAAGUUAAGCUUUGGCAUAAAGUGGAAAAAUGCGACAUGCCCUUGACACAGAAACGAGUGUCUGAUAUCGAUGACAACUAUACAACUAAUCAAAUGGACCCAAUGUUUUUGCUGAAAUCACCAUCUCGACGACUGGGCUGCGUUGAGACUGAAGGUGGUGAAGCAGCCAUCCAGCGCCAUCCAUUUUUCCGAGAAAUUGAUUGGAAGCUACUAGAAGAACGCAAGAUCCGUCCACCAUUCCGACCAAAGGUCCGUUCACGCUUCGAUACCACAAACUUCGACAAGGACUUUACCAACGAGGACCCGGUGCUAACCCCACUAGAUCAUUCAAGUGAAUUAGCAGCCCUAGAACAGGACGUGUUCGCAGCCUUUGACUGCGUGAACCCAGAUUACAGCGCACUGCGUCACCAUGCCAUUCGACCGAGUCAACAACAGCCCUUGCUCUCGGUCUCUGAGGGUGUUAAUAUUACUUCAACUGAUCGAAUAACCACCCCUGUUUCCCCGGAGAAACGCAGCCAAGCAAACCCCAAUAUAGCUUCUUCCUCAACAACCAUUUCUGAUACCACAGCCACUAGUAAUAAUGAGUAA